UAGGCCUGGGGAUCCCUUGAAGCUGUAUGUCCACAGCAUUUUUUUCUCUGCGUUGAUAGGUUGCUAGACUCCAGAAAGCUCCUCUGGCUGUUUGAUUAGCCAAAGUUUUCAAGUGCCAAGGUGAUAAUAAUGAAUAACGUGAAGACAAAUACUCUGGUACAUUUAUACAAGCAGCUGAAAACGCUCUGGAGUCCGCCAGCACGACUCUGCAGCCUGGCUACCUGCACUCAUAAAGACAGGAAUGAUGCGUUGCAUCCACUUUGGCAGAGUCCACUUUCAAUUCCUGGGGGCAGUCGACAGUCUCCUAUCAACAUCCAGUGGAGAGAUAGCGUUUACGACCCCUUUCUGAAGCCUCUGAAAAUCAACUACGACCCAACAACGUGUCUUCACAUCUGGAACAACGGGUAUUCGUUCCUGGUUGAGUUUGAUGAUUCUACUGAUAGAUCAAUAAUCGUCGGAGGUCCCUUGGAAAACCAAUACAGGCUAAAGCAGUUCCACUUCCACUGGGGAGCUAUAAACGAGUGGGGUUCGGAGCACACAGUUGAUAGUAAAUUUUACCCAGCAGAGCUGCAUUUAGUACAUUGGAAUGCUGUUGUAUACCCAACUUUUGAAGAAGCUGUGAUGGAAGGCAACGGCUUGGCUGUUAUUGGAGUAUUUUUAAAGCUAGGAGCACAUCAUGAAGGGCUGCAGACCCUGGUUGAUGCCUUGCCAGCAGUUAAACACAAAGACACUGUUAUUGAGUUUGAUGUCUUCGACCCCUCCUGUCUGAUACCUUCAUGCCCUGAUUAUUGGACCUAUGCGGGCUCUUUGACUACUCCUCCGCUUACCGAAUCUGUCACAUGGAUAAUUAAGAAGAAGCCAAUAGAGGUCGACGAGAAUCAGCUGGAGGCAUUUCGGAUGCUGCUCUUUACUUCAGAUGGUGAAGAAGAAAAGAGGAUGGUAGACAACUUCCGCCCUCUUCAGCCAUUAAUGAAUCGAACCGUCCGUUCAUCCUUCCAAAGCAGCCAUGUCUUGAACCUUGAAGCACAGCACUCAGACCACGCCCAGCAGAUCAGACCAUAGGUGGCCCAUGAAAUGUCAGUCCAGACUGCAGUAACUGGGUUUUACUUGACUUUGUAAUUAUUUUUCCUUUUUUGCAGCGUGGGUAUGCCAUACAGUUUCACACUUGGCUAGUUUCAGUUCUGCUAAGUGCC